CAAAAAGGGAAAAUGGUGGCUGUUGUCUGUUGUGAAAAAUUGUAUGCGCCUAAACAUGAACCGUUUAAAGAUAAGAAAAUUGUUCGAUGCCUCUAGAAUUGAUCAGUGAAUUGAAGCUGUGAAGUAUUUUGACUCACUUAUUCACCAUGGAUAACGUGUUUGCCAUCAAAUGAACUGGCACUGUUCAGUUCCACGUCUAGAUAGUGGUCCUACAGAUAUUCAGUGUAGGUACUGAUCCUGAAGGUCUUGUACAUAAUUAACAAGUGCGAGAAAAAGGUUGGCAGAUCCAUCCUAUUUUCAUAUUCAUCAUAAAGACAGUGUCCUGAAAAUCCAAAUUAAAAUGUUCAGGUAUGGCGGUCCCCCUGAAGAUGUCGAUGCACUAUCUGGAGAUCAUCUUAAUAAAUUGUCUUGGAACCAAAUUCCACAACAACAUGGAUCACGGUCGACUGAAUAUUUUCAUGAGAUGCCAAACUACAAUAGACCACCUAGAGAUUCUGAUGGCAGAUUGGCAGGAUAUUCUGAGACCGUGCCAAAAUAUCAGGAGGAUAGGUCAUCUAGAUACCAAGAUGAUGGGUGGGGAGAAUAUAAGGAUGAAGCCCAAGAGCAAUUUCUUGAAAAUCGGUCUCAAUUGUACCUUGAAAGUAGAUCUUCAUUUGCAGAAAGAAUCCCAAAUAGACCUUCAUUACCAGAAAAAAUGCCAAAGAGCAUUUUGCGUAACAAAAUGGCAAAUAGUCCAGAAGUGUCCUCAGGAAGGUAUGGAUCAGCCAGUAAUGAAAAUGCAUCAUUUAGGGGAAAUGCCAAUUUCACGAAUCCUAAUCCACUAGAGAGGAAUCAGUCUGGUGAUUUUGGCAGAAGUUUCAGAGAAGACCUGCAUGACAAAAGACGGAGGUUGGAGAUUCAUGAAGAUCCAUAUUUAAGGACUCUAGAUUCUGGGGUGCAUUUGCAUGACUCAGUAGGUUGCCAAGGAUUUGACCAACAAAGAAAGACUGGUCAAAGUUUGCCAUAUGCUCUUGGUCAAGAACAGAUGGGUAGUCUUGGGGAUCGAGAUCCCCACAAUAGUCGACCAUUUUCUUACAGAGAAUCAGAUGAUAUACAACGUUUCAGCAAAGGAAUGUCAGAUUCAAGGUUUCAUGAAUCUAGUUUUGCAGAUGGACAGCACGUCACCGGUUCCCUUAAUACAAGUCAAAAGCAUACUAAACCAGGAAAUCCAGUUGAGUCUGACACGCAGAGUAAUUCUAGUCGGUAUUCAAGAGACAGGUACAGAGAAGAAGAAAUCCAUUCAUCUGUUUAUGAUAGGGAGAAUCUUAGAAGAACACAGUUGGAUUCCAUGGAACAUAGACAGCCUCAGUCCAGAGCUUUAUCACUUGAUACAGGAAAUGUAUCUGCUAGUGUAGGUCUUACCGAGGGUGACAGACUGCGAAGGAUUGAGGAAAGAGGUUUUUACACAAGACAGGAUGAGUUUGAAGGCAGAAUGGAAAGCUCUAAUGUAGCACAAAGAGAUGAAAGAGAAUAUCAUAUAACCAAUGAUAGGUAUAAAUCUGUUGGUGGUAUGCAAGGCAAUAUAGACAUGUUAGGUCUUACAGGGACGGACAGAUUACCUACAACAGGGGAAAGAAACAUUCGUAUUAAACAAGAUGACUAUGAAGGCAGAAUGAAAUGUCUGACUGCAAGUUUAGCAUCAAGUGAUGAAAGAGAAAAGUAUUUAAUUGGUGAUAGAUACAAAGGUGACCGGUUUGAUAUUACAGAGAGAAGCAGAUUACAAAAAUUUGAAGAAGAGCAGUUUUCUGGUAGACCAGGUCAGUUUGAAGAGAGACUAAAAAGUUCAUCUCCAGGGUCUGUAUCAAGAGAUGAAAGAGGAAAAUAUUUAAUUGAUGAUAUGUAUAAAGAUGUUUAUAGUGAUCAGGCUGAUCUUAUUGAGAGGGAGAGAAUACAAAGGUUAGAGGAAAGACAUUUUUCUGCUCAACAAGAUAGAUUUGCAGACCGAACGAAACCUUCAUCUCCUGCUUUUAUAUCAAGAGAUGAGCGAUCAGUCGUUUCAAUAGAUGAUAGGAGUAAACAGUUCAAUGAGGAUUCUUCUGUAGUAGAUAUAGAGAAAAUUGUCACGUCGGCAUCAUUUUUGCAGCCAGUAGAGAGUCUUGAAGCUAGAAUACAGAAAUUUGAGAAAGAAUUGAAGAAACAUUCACUAGUUACAAGGGAACGGAGCCGCUCCCCAACUUGUCACAGUCCUGAUAGGUUAUUGGGGAAACUUAGACGUGCUUCUGUUGAAAGAGAAGAUGUAGAAGAAAGGCAUCGCAGGCGUGCAUUUGUUGAUGACAUACAUGUAUCAACAAGAAGCCAUGAGAGAAAUUCAAGACAGAGAGAGGAUAGAGAUGAUCCUGAUAGCAGGAGAAGAGCCAGAGAAACCAAUUCACCUCAAGAUACAUCUCAACACAGACAUACUGAUGUAGAUAAUAGUAGAAGUUUGAGCAGAAAAGAACUGCACAGAGGAAGGUUACUCAUAGACACAAUGGUGAACAGAAACGAAAAAGAUAAAUCAAGGAGAAACAGUAGAUCUGAAAGGUCAAGGUCUCCAGUAUCCAUUAGAUCAUCUAGAUUUGACCAGAGAAGAGAGAGAAAUUUGCAUGAAAGAUCACCAUUGGAUGUUGAUAGAAGAAAUCGUGAAGUUGAAAGGACCAGAGAGCGAUCAUUUGAAAGGGAAGAAAAGCAUACAUCUACAAGGAGACAUUCUCCUUCUGCUUCCAGUAUGCAUGGUGUUGACAGAGGUUAUGGUGAGAAAACAGAUGUCAAACAUAGGGAACAUCUUCCAUGGCCAUCAGAAUUCAACCAAAAGUCAGUUGAAGACAUUGUUAACAAAGCAUGUAGUGGUAGUGUCAAUUUGUCGAGCAUUGGCAAAGCAUACAGGUUACCAGUAAACUGUUUUCAGUUGCAGCCUCCCAAGAUACAAACUGAUGCCCUAAUACAAGUGCCAGAACUUGCUAGGAAUGAGGAUAACCUAUUGCGAGAUGCACAGCUAUUUCUGGCGAUUGGUAUGGUACCUGUAAUCAAUCUGGCUAGCCUGUUCAUCACAAAUCUGUUCAGUGUAGAUAAGGCAACAGUCUAUGCUGUGGACUCUCUGGUACUUCUUGGCCAAACAUUCCAUGAAUUCAUGAGUUGCAGAGAGGCUUUACUGACCAGUGCCGUGAGUUCAGAUAACAUGUAUGAAUCUUGUGGGUCAGGUGGCAUUAAGAGUAGGUUUGAUAAAGCCUUCCCAAAAGGAAAGGUUUCUGGGAAGCCAGUUGAUAUAUACAUUGCCAACAUGGUCAAUCUUGCUUGCAGCAAAUGGGGUGAGAUAGAAAGCAUCCAGUCUAAAUACAUGACAAAUUCUAACUGCAAAAAUGUUCUUUUUCCAAAAAUAAAUGUUUUAAAGAAAAGGUUUAUCACAGAGCACAAAGAACAGUGUGAUGCCAAGCUUCAGGGUGUUAUUAAAUGUCUGGCUUUAGGAAUGGCACCUUUGAUAGAAUGUACAUUAUUAAUGCAUUCGAAAUUUGUUGACAUUCAAACAGUGUCGGCACUCAUUACUGACUCACUGAUGCUCUUGGGGCACACAAUGUACAAACUCUCUCUGCUCCGAUGUCGACUGCUACGCAGUAAUCUCCCCACUGCAUUUAACCAACAGAAGAGAAAGGUUUUCACUAAUGAACUGUUUGAUGAAGCUGCCCCUGAUGAUGGUGAAUCUGCACUAGACAAUUUAGAAAAAAAGGAACACGAAGAUGCCAAGCUAGAGGAUGAUCAUGCUAAAGUCUUCAAGAUUCAAGAGCAUCGUGUUCAGAUGAUGUGUCAGAUGACCGGGAUGAAGAUGAGUGACCUUGACAACAUGUGCGAACCGGUCUUCAAGGUUAACACCGCCUUUGUGAGACUGCAAGCGAAGAACUGGAUUGCAUUGAAGGGUGUAGAUCAGAGCCACUGUGACCUCAUAAUGUUGUAUGUGCUUAUGAAAAUAUUUGAUAAGAGCGUGCCAUUUGAGAAGAGAGUACGCCUGGUACAUCUACUUCAUGAGGUUCUUGUACAUUGUCGCCACCUCCUCUCAGCUUCAACAGCAAAAGGCCAGGCACUGCGAAAUUCAUUGGAUAGAGUUAUUGUUCCUGCAAUUUCUUAUGCUUUGACAAAAAUUGAAAAUCAUGGAGAGAAAAAAAUAAUUAUUGCACUCAUUGGUAAAUGGGAGGCCUCAAAGUCAUUUCCUGAUCACACCAUUGAGAAAAUGAAAGAACCUGAAUCAUCAUGGAAAGAGUAUCAGGACAAGUUGAUUAAACACUAUGGCAGCAUGCUUGAAGGCUCCAGCAACACAGCUGCUGAUUUAGCUUUAACUUCAGGACAAUCACUUCCAAUACAGACACCGAUGUCAUACCAGAUGCCACCAGACUGCAAUCUUCCGGCAGGUUCCGUCGUCCCUCCCACAAAUUUUGGAGCUGUAUCAACCUAUGGAACUUCACCUUUUCCAGUUCCUACAUCUGAAUAUUCAGUUCCAUCCUCUGGAUUUCCAGUUGCCACUUCGGGAUAUGCUGUUCCUCCACCUAAUUAUGGUGUCCCUCCAUCUGGUUAUGUAAAUUCUUGUCCAGGUUCUCCAUACGGAAUGCCAGUGAAUGGACCACCAUUCCAACUUCAAGGACCUUCUAUGGGACCAUCUGUAAUCCCACCUGGACCACCUAUGGGACCUGGCUAUAUGGGACAAACUAUGGCUCCUCCUGGCUAUAUGGGACCACCUAUGGCACCACCUGGUAUGCUUGGCCCACCUGGUCCCCAAGCUGUUUAUGGAUCUACAUAUCCACCUGGACCUUGGAUGGGGCCACCUCCAUCAACAGUGCCACAAAUGCAACCACAACAAUCAUUUGGAAAUCAAUAUGGUGGAAAUAAUUCAUCAAAAUCUGAAGGGCAGAUACCAUCAUCAGGAAUGUCGGGGAGUACAGAUAAGUCAUCGAACUCUGCUGGGUCAAAACAAAAUCAAUUCCGGCAUUCUUCAAACAUCAUCAAGAUCAAAACGGUUAAUAAAAACACACAAGCAGCACGUAUUAAGAAAAAAAAGUAAAAUGGUAACAGUCCAUGUAUUUUGUUGACCUUGAAAGUAGCAUCCAGCUGCCUUUAUUUGAGUUAGCAACAAAAGCUUUGGAGUGUGCAGAUUUCAACAUUAAAGUCUCUGGAUGUACAGAUUUUAAUACCUUCUUGAAGAUUAUGAGACCAUUUACCGACACCUGUAGUGGUUCUGGGAGCAGUUCAGCGAAGAAUUCAAGGAACAUUUGGUGCUUCAAAUGGAUUACGGUGGCCAUGACAAUGAUUUGAUCCAGUCUAAAUGAACAGAGUGACUUUACCUGAAUGAACAGUCUGACAGUAUAAAUAAUCAUUUUUAAUAUUUUUAAGAAGGUUGACAUUGGAAGAGUAAAAUGAAAAAUGUUACCAUGGUGCAUUUAACAGCCUGGUGUGUCGUGACUAUUGGUAGUGAAAUGGUUGAUGGAUGCAGCUGGUGUAUUUGUCUCUGGGUCAGUGCAGCAACUACAUACCCUGCACAUGGCAGGGUUAUCUACAUGGUCAAGAACUGUCAUCACAAGCAGCUUCUUGUGGAAUAUCCAGGUUGAGGAUCUUGCAUAGAUGUUCUUUUCUCUAAACAUUAUCAAUUUAUUGACAUGAACACUUAAAAUGAUAUUUUGAAAACAUAAAUGGUGUGAGAUGGGAAUGUUUUUUCCAGAUAAAUUUGAAUACAGCUAUAUUUGUAUAUGUACUGAAAGUUGUGGAUAUCACUUUCCUGCAUUGUGUAGUUUAUUCUAAUACUGGUUUGGACAGUUGGUCAAAUAGGAAUUUGUUUUUUGUCUAGCCUUUACAAAGUAAGGCAAGAUACAGGUAUUACUUUUCCGUCAAAUUUUGCAUUUAGAUGAAAAAUACAUUUCGUGAUAUUUGAAACAAAAGGAUGACCAGAAACACUUUGAAUGUAUGGAAAUGUAUAAUAUAAACAAUAAAAUCUAAGUAAUAUCUGACUAUUUAUCAAAAACUGCUCUAAUAGUAAAACGAUAUGCUAUUGAUUAAAAACUAGGGUCUGUCACUUUAAUUAGGUGUGUGUCUGUGCUAUCUUAAUGUCAGCUGUUAAAUAUAGACUUGCAAAUACAUUCAACAUUUAAGGAUUUAUUGUUUACUCAUAAAGAUUGUUUAUUUUAAAUUUAAUGAUCAGAGUUGACUGUUACGAUGAUACCAGCACUGCCACUUUAUACUUUUUAAAAAGUAUUAGCCUUUUUUUUUUGGAAAUACUACUUUUUGUACUUUUUAAAUACUUUUUUCACAUGAAAAAACUUUUUUAUACUUUGUUCUGCAAAAAGUAACUUAAGAAAUCCAAUUUCAAAUUUGACCAUCGUAAAAUUUGUGCUUUGCUAGUCUUUUUUCAGGAAUGGUUUGUUCUUUGUUGAGUGGAAUGUUUAUAGAGCUCUCUGCUCCUGCUGCUCUCAGUGACCAAGUGACAGGGAACUGUAAUAUGCAGAACAGAGUAUUCAACAAUCACAAAUCCUCACAACAUGGUACACACCAUUCCUUGAGGUUGGUCAUAAGCAGCAAACAUUAGUCUGACAAAGGUAGCGAAUGUCAAAUUGUGAUUCAUAUUAUUGCUGAUGAAAAAUUAUGCUUAUUAAAAACCUUUUUAGACCAUUUUGAUACUUUUUUGGGGCAAGAUUCCAUACCUUUUUUUUUUAAAUGCAGAGUGGCAGCACUAAUACAUAGCAACAAUUUAAAAAUUAAAAGCAGAAUCCUAAAUCCAGAAUUCUUUAAAUGACUGUUGGUCAAGAUUGGUUAAUAUAUUUAUCCAUCCAAAAGUUUGACACAGUCUCAAUGGCUUAUUGUAUUUUCCUUGCAAAUUCUAAGAAAGUCAAAGUUUAAAGUAAUUGGAGUUGGAGUCUAUUUCUCCAAGUGUUGCAUAGAUCCACACUCUCACAUUUUUUAAAUUAUUAUUUAUUUCUAAAUUGUGAUUCAUGUUAUUGUGUUCAGUUUGCCAUUUAAAAUUUUUGUUUUUGUUUUACUCUGGUCUUAAAAAUAUUUUAUAUUUAAACCAUUGUCAUAUAAAAUGAAUAUUAGUUGUGAAAUGAAUGCACUUCAGUGCAAGUCAUCUGUAUUGUGAGUGACUGGAGUUUUAACUACCAGGUUUUCAGGACAUCAAAUAUUACAGAGGAUACCUGACAGGACUGUGUGAUGAAAACUUCCAUUGAUGAAAGGGUGUGGCAUUCCUGGACUUUGGACAUGCUAAUAGCCGAAUCAUCCUUGUGAUGAACCAGCACUCAAGAAAUAACUUGUGCUUUACGUUUAUGCAUAGAAGCAUAACUUUGUUAAACAUAGAAACACUUCAAAUUAUGCUUGCUGUUAUGGAUGCUUUGUUAUUUUAGAGAAUGUUAUUUUGUAUGUAGUCAGUGUCUGGGAUCGAUCCCCGUCGGUGGGCCCAUUGGGCUAUUUCUCAUUCCGGCCAGUGCAUCACAACUGGUAUGUCAAAGGCCGUGGU